AUGCUGCGGCCCCGGGAUCUCCGGCGGAGCUCGGGCACUCAGACGUUCCUGGAAGCCAUGUACGGGGGGAAGGUGCACCUGGCCCGCUUCGUGCUGGACGCCUUGGACCGGAGGAUAGUGAACACCCCGGCGGGGGAGCAGGGGCGGCCCCCCCUCAUGCACGCUGUGUGUCUGCGGGAAGCCGAGCUCCGGAGCCGCUUCGUCCGCCUGUUGCUGGAUAAGGGCGCCGAUGUGAACGGUCAGGAUGAAGCGGGGCGAACGGCGCUCAGUCUGGCAUGUGAAUUGGGACAUUUGGACGCCGUCAAGCUGUUGGUACAGCACAGCGCGGACCCGGAGAUCCCGGACCGGGUGGGGAACCGGGCUCUCAUGUACGCCGCCUCCUGCGGUCACAGCGACGAGCUCAUCUUCCUUCUGAGAUCCUACAAGAGAUUCGGGCUCAGACUGGACGCCACCAACCGGGCCGGGGUGUCCGCGCUGGAUGCCGCCCGGGUCUCCGGACACUGGGAGUGUGAGAGAGCGCUGAGCGUGCACAGCCCGGAGCCCCGCAGGGGGGGAGAGCCGCUCCGCAGCCCCAAGCCGCUGUCCCGGCAGAUGCUGGAGCGCUUCGCCCGACCCUUCUCACAGCGCAGAGAUGAAGGCAUCCGGGACAUGAUCAUCCUCCGCUCCUCCAGCAGCUGCUCCUCUGCUCACCCCGACGCACAGGACGGCUGGAGGCAGCGGGAGACUCUGGGGGUCCCCGAGCCCGGAAUUCAGAGGGCUCACAGCUGGGACGGACCCGUCCGUGGAGGCUCACCUACCGCCCAGUGCAGCCGCCUGCUCCGCCGGGUCACCUCACCCGACUUCUGCCAGGGACUGGCCAACUACACCGGGGACUUGAGGAAGAACAGGAGAGACAGCAUCUGCAGCCGGAGCCAGCUCAUCCUGCCCAGCAACAGACAGGCUCUGGCCCUGUGACCUCAUGGGGACCUGUGAUGGGAACAUUGCAGCCUUCCU